GCUUCUACCGUCUCCACACCAUUCCGUUUUGACUUCUAUCUCCAAUGUUCCAGAGGAAACUCCACCUUUCAUUACCCGAGUAGGACUUCCAUCAAUCGGAUUAUUCCACCCUUAUCACACCCAUUUUAUCACUUUGGUGGCCACACCAUAACUUGCUUGAACCCAUAGGGAGAGGGCAUUGCAUAAGCAGAAUUACAACUGAUUAGUUUCCUUUGUCCUUGCCAAGAGAAGUGCAAGCAGGAGGAGGUAAAGAAGAAAAUGGCUCAAUCACUGUUAUCAGUUACUCCUGCUGUAAAUCCUUCUUCGCCCCGUACACUGCACAAAGCGUUUAAUAGAAAAUGCCGCAUUUCUUCCCUCCCUUCGCGUUUCAUAAAACUAAAAUCAGUUUGCAGUGCUACAAAUAAUAAUCAUUUGUCUUUCUCUGGCAUACGGUCAGAAUAUCCCCUGAGUUCACAGUACUCUGUUAGCCCUGCUAUUUGGUCUAUAAGGGGAGAUUUAAAGGUUCCUUCUUCACCAUACUGUAAUGCUGAUGCACAAGGAUCACAGGGUCCACCACCCAUGUUGUAUGAGCGCUUUCAAAGUGUUAUUAGCCAGCUUUUUCAGCAUAGAAUUAUUCGCUGCGGUGGACCGGUGGAUGAUGAGAUGGCAAAUUUUCUUGUUGCUCAACUUCUUUAUCUUGAUGCAGCUGAUCCCACUCGGGAUAUCAUAAUGUAUAUCAAUUCACCUGGAGGGUCAGUUACUGCUGGUAUGGCCAUAUUUGACACCAUGAGGCAUGUUCGCCCAGAUGUAGCUACAGUUUGUGUUGGGCUUGCAGCAAGUAUGGGUGCAUUUCUUCUUGCAGCUGGGACAAAAGGUAAAAGAUAUAGUUUGCCAAAUUCCAGGAUAAUGAUUCAUCAACCUCUUGGAGGUACACAGGGUCAGCAAACGGAUGUGGAGAUUCAGGCAAAUGAAAUAUUGUAUCACAAGGCUAAUCUAGCUGGUUAUCUAGCUUACUUUUCGGGGCAGACAAUUGAGAGGAUUAACACUGAUACUGACCGUGACUACUUUAUGAGUCCAAAGGAAGCAAAAGAAUAUGGUCUUGUUGAUUCUGUCAUUAUGAAUCCUCUGAAGGCUCUUCCACCACUACCCUCUCCUCCUGAAUCAGCACCAGCUCCUGCUUGAUUCAGCAACUCUGCCCAAAUUGAUUUGAUAAAUCCUUAUAGCUAGAGAUAAUAAUCUAUACAAGGGCAGAUUAAACCUCCUGCCUAUGUAUUAUAAUUUUUUUAAUUUAAUAAUAAAACAGGGAUUAAUUUUGUUUGA